AUGGCAAGAAUUUCAGCCAUAAUAAUCGCCAUUUGCAUUUUCCCAAUGUUCUUGCUAGCCAAAGAUGUGAUUCCACCGGUAAUAAGGUUACCAUCGGAAGUGAUCGGAGAAGGGAAGAAGAAUGUGUGUGCAGAGUCGGUGUCGUCGGCAUCGUCGACAUGGUGUCCUGUAAAGUGUUUCAGGACAGACCCAGUUUGUGGGGUUGAUGGUGUAACGUAUUGGUGUGGUUGUGCUGAAGCGGCUUGUGCUGGUGUUAAGGUUGGAAAAAUGGGGUUUUGUGAAGUUGGGAAUGGUGGUGCAGUUUCUGUCUCUGUUCAAGCUUUUCUUCUUUUGCAUAUUGUUUGGCUUAUUGUUCUUUUAGUUUCUGUGAUUUUUGGUCUUUUUUAA